UUCGAUUCAGUGGUGGAACAGGCACCACUAGCUAAAUAGUAUGAAAUAUUACAGUCUGGUCUGAGUCUUCGGUUGCACAUUAGAUAAAACGUGAAGUAAUUGCCCAGUGUGGUCCAGCAGUAAUUCAAGCUGUGAAGAAUAACCGAUCCAGAUUAUCAUUAUCUCCGAUGUCACUUGACAUCCUGAGGGAUCUCUUUGUGUUCGCUGUUUGCAGACUGUAGCUUAGUAAAGAUACGGCAAGAUGAGUCCAGAAAUGAAGACCCUACUUAACAUCUUCAUUUUGGGUUUUGGCUUCAUGUUCAUGUUCGCUGCCUUCCAAACCUGUGGUAACAUUGAACAAACUGUGAUAAAGAGUUUCAACAGCACAGAAUUCCAUGGUAGUGGCUACACAAGCAUGGCAAUUAUCUAUGGAGUCUUCUCAGCAUCAAAUCUAAUUGCUCCCUCAGUGGUCGCUGUCAUUGGACCUCAGUUGUCACUGUUUUUCAGUGGUUUAGUUUACAGUGGAUACAUUGCUAUGUUCAUCCACCCUUUUACGUGGAGUUUCUACACCGCUUCUGUCUUAGUUGGAAUUGCAGCAGCAGUACUGUGGACAGCUCAGGGGAACCUCCUCACCAUCAAUUCCACUGACUCCACCAUUGGACGAAACAGUGGAAUAUUCUGGGCCCUGCUACAAUUCAGCUUAUUCUUUGGGAAUCUGUACAUAUAUGUUGCUUGGCAUGGCAAGGCUCACAUAACAGAUGAGGACCGUCAGAGAGUGUUCAUCCUGCUCACCGUCAUUAGUCUAGUUGGCAGCUUCCUCUUCUUCCUCAUUCAACGGACAGAGCCGGAGUCUACAUCUUCUGAGGUGACUGAGUCACUGCUGCCGAAGGAAGUCUGUGAGAGUAACUCAGUGGCAGUUGAGACCAAGGGUCUAGCAGCUCAGGCUUUGGAUGCAUUCAAGAAAGCUGUUCAGCUGGCUGUGACCAAAGAAAUGCUGCUCUUGAGUAUAUCCAUCGCAUAUACAGGCCUGGAACUGACAUUUUACAGUGGGGUGUAUGGGACCUGCAUUGGAGCUAUGACUCUCUUUGGGGAUAACGCGAAGAGCCUCAUUGGUCUUUCUGGAAUUUUUAUUGGUAUUGGGGAAAUACUUGGUGGAUCCAUAUUUGGAAUGCUGAACCAGUUCAAUCGCUUUGGAAGGAACCCAGUGGUGUUGUUGGGACUGUUUACCCAUUUCUUGGCCUUCUUCUUGAUCUUCCUCAACAUAGCCAGUGACGCACCCUUGGCCCCCGAGGAAGGCACCAAUCUGCAGGGAUUCAUCACUCCAAACGUAAGCGUGGCAUUGCUGUGCAGUUUCCUGCUGGGACUGGGUGACAGCUGCUUUAAUACUCAGCUUCUCAGCAUUGUGGGAUUCAUAUUCCGUGAUGACAGUGCCCCAGCAUUCGCGGUUUUCAAGUUUGCACAGUCCAUUACUGCAGCUUUGGCAUUCUUCUACAGUAACUAUCUCCUACUGCAGUGGCAGCUCCUCAUAAUGGUGGUGGUAGGUUUCAUUGGCACACUCUCCUUCUUUGUGGCUGAGUGGACGGCUGUCAGCCACCGAAGGGACUCUGAUUAUGACAGCAUAUAAUGACAUAUUAUGACUGCAUAUAAUGUUUGGAGCUGGUUGGAAUGUUGCAGCAGAAGACUACGUUAGUGCAACUUCCUCUCCAGUGUUCACCUUCUUCCAGCUGCGUGUUGGAACUUCAGCUGGCAGAGACAGUGAAUGAGCAGUGAACAAGCAGUCCUGCAGAGAUGUGUUUAGGUGAUUUGUUCUUGAUGACCAAUCAUAACCCUGAGAACAUUCUGAACUUGGCCUUUCAGCCAAGGGGAAAACUUGUCCCUGUAUCCUUUUUUCUUUAUCAGAGCCAAUCAGGUACACACAAGAAUCUUUGUUGUUUUUUUAUAUACUAAGCCAUUACUGUUUGAUCUUGAUGUUUUCAUAUUAGAAAUUUUGUUUUUAUUUUACUCCUCAAAUUCACCCAGGUUCAGAUUAUGAUUUUGGCCUCAGAUCCCCUUGAUUUCAAACAUCUUUAGCUGUUUCAGUCCCAUGCCACAGCAUGAUUAUUUAAUGUUAAUUAAUAUACACACAGCAAAACUAUAUAAUGUUAACACAAAAUGAAUAUCUUCCAUUUAAGGUCACAAUUUAUUUUCAAAAUUUAGAACAGUUAGAGUAGUAUAGAAACCCUAAACUCCAAAAAGAAAUUGAACCAAAACACAAAAGUAUACCUGCAUUAAGCCAAAGAACUGUGCUCUACUUCUUAGCACUGUGCUUGUAUUUAGUUCAGGUGGAUCCUUUUCUUUGACCUAUUUCUGAAGUAAAUGUUCAAUAAUAUAGGUAAAAAAAAGAGAUUUAAAACCUGUAGAUCAUUAUGUCAUGAGAAUCUGCUUGUGGAUACCAGCAUCAAUUAAAACAUACUAUGAUGAAGUGCAUGUAUCAUAUAGCUAGAGUAUUUAUUUGAUAAUGCUGUAAUGGAACAUACUGAGGCAAAACCACAAAUUUCAGCUCUUCUGACAACUGGAGUUUUAUGCUUGGAGAGUUUUCUUUGAUGUUGCCAGUCACUAAGCACCCAUGGAAUAUUUUAUGUCUACAUUGGACACAAAAAUUGAUCUUCUGAAUUACUUUCCCAUUUUUUACAGAAUGUAACUUAUCUUAAUUUAGAGUUUAUUUCUAUGAGUAGGUAGGAGAUGCAUAUUAACUCUGGGGUGGUGCUGUUGAUUAUGUGGUGUUUUGGACUUCUCAGCUUGAAUACAAGCCAAGCUAAAGGAUGUUGAGGGACAUUUGAGUAGAUGUAAAUGGUAGACUUAAUUUAUGAAUAUUUGUUUACUUUAGUCAUAUACUGUUAUACUGUUAACAAACUGUUAAUUGAAUCAGGAUUUUCUGCUUGUUUUUAUAUACAUGUGAUUAAAAUUUAUUUUGCACCUUU